UAAAAGAAUCACACUUUUUUUGAGUGUUUUCACCGAGAAGCCCAACGGCCAACGUCUCUGUCGGUUUCUUUUUUGCGGCCAAGAAGAGAAGAAAUCUCCGAUUCAAGUUUUUUUUUUUUAAAAGAAAAGUACCGGUACGGUAUCGUUUGGCGACGAUGAUUUCUAUCACCUCCGACGAACUCAACUACAUAGUUUUCCGCUAUUUACACGAAUCAGGCUUUACACAUUCAGCUUUUGCUUUUGGUUAUGAAGCGGGUAUUAACAAAAGCACAAUUAAUGGUGAUUUAGUCCCACCUGAUGCACUUGUUACAUUUGUGCAGAAAGGGCUUCAAUAUCUUGAGUUGGAGGCAAACUUGGGCAGCAAUGAUGCUGAUGUGGAUGAUGAUUUCUCAUUUCUCCAACCUUUGGAUCUUAUCACAAAGGAUGCCUACGAACUGCAAAGAAUUGUAAAAGAAAAGAAGGAAAAUUUGCAAAAGGAUAAGUCUGAAACAAAUGGGAAAUAUAAUGAGACCAAGCAGAAAAAUGAACCAGAUAAUGCACGAGAAAGAGAGGAGAAGGAGAAAAAAGAAAUGGAACAUGAAGAAAAUCAUGAUAAAGAGAAUAUAUUUAACGAUCAUGAGGAAGACAAAGAAAAAGCAGAAGUGGAUUGCCAUGGCGAAGGAAACACUGAGCAACAUGAAGGAAAUAAUGGAGAUUGCGGUGGACCAGAACCAAUGGAAAUCUCCACAACUGCAACAUCCCAACAUUGUGAAAUUCCUAUUUCUGACGUAACAAUUCUAGAAGGGCAUACCUCCGAGGUUUUUGCUUGUGCAUGGAGUCCAUCGGGUUCACUUCUUGCAUCAGGAUCUGGAGAUUCAACAGCUCGAAUUUGGUCCAUCGCGGAUGGAGCUUCGAAAUCUGCCAUGCAAAACGGACCAGCAGAUGCCGUAGUGCUAAGGCAUUUCAAAGGUAGAACCAACGAGAAAAGCAAGGAUGUGACAACACUUGAUUGGAAUGGUGAUGGAACGUUACUUGCAACAGGUUCUUAUGAUGGACAGGCAAGGAUAUGGAGUGGAGAUGGGGAGUUGAGGAGUUCGUUGAACAAACAUAAAGGUCCCAUCUUUUCUCUAAAGUGGAACAAGAAGGGUGAUUAUCUUCUUAGCGGCAGUGUGGAUAAAACGGCAAUUGUGUGGGACGUAAAGACUGAAGAAUGCAAACAACAAUUUGAAUUCCACUCAGCUCCCACUCUGGAUGUUGACUGGCGGAACAAUCUUUCAUUUGCAACAUGCUCCACUGAUACUAGGAUACACAUUUGCAAGGUUGGAGAGAAACUGCCACUCAAAACUUUCUCAGGGCAUCAGGGUGAAGUUAAUGCUAUUAAAUGGGAUCCAACUGGUACAUUAUUGGCUUCUUGUUCUGAUGAUUACACUGCAAAGAUAUGGAGUAUGAAACAGGACAAGUGCUUGCAUGAUUUGAGGGAACACUCUAGGGAGAUUUAUACCAUCCGUUGGAGUCCUACAGGACUAGGCACAAACAAUCCUAAUCAACCGUUGGUUCUAGCAAGUGCUUCCUUUGACUCAACUAUAAAGCUAUGGGAUGUAGAACAAGGGAGACUUCUCUGCAGCUUUAAUGGCCACAGGGAUCCUGUAUACUCUGUUGCAUUCAGCCCAAAUGGUGAGUAUUUGGCGAGCGGAUCCAUGGACAAGUGCAUGCACAUAUGGUCUGUUAAAGAAGGCAAAAUCGUAAAAACGUACUCUGGAGAUGGCGGGAUUUUUGAAGUUUGUUGGAACAAAGAAGGCGAUAAGGUUGCUGCUUGUUUUGCCAACAACAUAGUCUGCGUCAUGGAAUUCAGAAUGUAAAUGCACUUUUCUACUUUUCUAUUGAUCUAUUUAUAUUUAUUAGUGUGCAAUAACAUGUGCUGAUGUGCACCUUUUUUGAGAGUUAUAUUAACAACUUUUCUAGUUUAGCGCU